GGAGGUGGGGUCGGCAAAAUGAAAAGUGAAACCAAGUGGACACUGCUCACAGCAUAAAAGAGCAGCCAAACCAGACAGAAGCAGUCACCACACCUCAUUAGCCACCGCAGGUGCUGAAAGGAAGAACAGGCUCAGCCAAUCAGCCUCCAGAGAGACGAAGAGACGAGCCCGCAAGCUCAGCAACCAGACAUGGCUCCGUGGGGUGACGCCAAGUUCUUCUUCUGCAUCCUCUUCAUCACCUGCUGCACAGUGACAUUGGCUCAGAUACCCAUGGACUGCUGCUUGAGUGUCAGUCACAAAACAAUUGACAAAUCUAGAGUUGCAGACUACCGUCGACAGAUCAGCGGACGUGGCUGCUCUAUUGAUGCCAUGAUUUUUGUGACCAGACGCGGCAUGAAACUCUGUGUUUCUGCUGACAAACCGUGGAUCCAAGAGGUGGUGAAGCAUGUGGACACCUUGAAGAAUAUUUGCAAGAAACACCACUACAAGGGCAAACGCUGCCUUGGAGUGAAGCAUGAGUAAAGAGAGAGCGACAUGUGACCCCUUCAGCAACAGCAGCAGCAGCAGAGCCGGAGUGAACCACUGCAAGUCAGCGGGGAGAAGUGAUGGAUCAAACCAAUAAAUAAACAAAUAAUCAUGGGGAUUCCUAGGACUACCGAGUGCUUUUUUUUUUUUUUUUAACCAAUGUAUUUUCUAAAAUUUCGUUUGAGUCACAAUGAACAGUAAACAUUUUGAAGGAUUUUUAUAUAUAUAUAUAUAUUUUUUUACUGACAAUUCUGUUUUAGAAGACCAGGAUUUCUGGAAGAAAUAUAGGAGUAUAACAUGUGAAAGUUGUAAGAGUGAGUAGCUAACUAAACUAACUCUGAACUACUCCGGCAGCGGCAGGUUGUUUGUCUUAUGAAUUUAUUUGAUUGUUGUCCUUUUUCAAAAUAAAGCCAUGUUUUUUCAAAUCCGGCGCA